UUUGUUUUUAUUUUAUAAACACGUUAUUUCUUUGUUCUUUUUUUUUUUUUUCUUUUCAAUUUAUUUUACGAGCAUUAAAAUGAGUAUGCAAUUUUUUUAUGAGGAUGAACAAGGACGUGUCGUUGAUGAGAAUGGAGUUGAGCCUAUGGACCUUAUUGUAGACGAAGAGCUAUUUGCUAUUGAAACGAUAAGUUCUCGUACUCAAUUUCUAAUGGAUAAACCUCCAGAAAGACCACUUCAUGCGAUGGUUCCAGCUACAGCUGAAAGGCAUAAUGAAGAUGUUGCAAUGGAGUUAUUCAAUAAGCGACGAUAUACAUAUUACUCGGAUGACGAAAAAACUAGAAUUUUUUCAUUUAUUUUUUAACAAAUGCCUGAGUGCUUCUGCUGCUGCAAGAUAAUUAGGUAUUCAUAUCCGAGCAGCACAGAGAUGGGUCAAACGUUAUCGUGAAGAUCCCGAAAGUAUUUUCGAAAAAAAGAAAAAAUCAGGUCGACAUCGUAUUCUAGGAGAAGAGCAUAAGCAUUUUCUUUGAAACUACAUUGAUGAG